CGGGAGGCGCCGCAGACGCUUCCCUGUGCCGGGGCGAGAUGGCGGCGCCCGGAGCGCCGGUGACCGUCACCGUCACUUACAGUAACGAAAAACACAGUAUUCAGGUUGCUUCUCAGCAAGAAGACGGUGAACCUACACUACAAGACAUGGCUGUACUUAUUGAACAAGUCACUGGAGUUCCAGUUCCCUUUCAGAAACUGAUAUACAAAGGAAAGUCUCUGAAAGAACUGGAACAACCAUUAUCAGCACUUGGUGUUAAAAAUGGUUGCAAAGUCAUGUUGAUUGGGAAAAGGAAUAGUCCAGAAGAAGAGGCUGAAUUAAAGAAGUUAAAAGAUUUGGAGAAGUCAGUGGAGCAAAUAGCUAAUAAGUUAGAGGAAGUUAAUAAAGAGUUCACAAGUAUCCAGAAGGGAUUUUUAGCAAAGGACCUCCAAGCAGAAGCACUAAAACAGCUGGACAAGAGGAUAAAAGGAACUGCAGAGCAGUUCAUGAAGACCCUGGAACAGAUUGAUGCCAUUAAUCUGCCAGAGAAUUUCAGUGAUUGCAAACUGAAAAAGAAGGGGUUGGUGAAGAGGGUUCAGGUUUUUCUUGCCCAGUGUGAUACCAUUGAAGGAAAUAUUGGUCAAGAAAUGGACAAGCUACAGUCAAAGAAUUUGGCAUUGGCAGAAUGAGGCAUCGCCUUUCAUAAUUAGGAAACAUAAUUGCUCUAUGAGCAAGAAGAAAAGUUUGCUCUUUGUUUUGGAGCACAUAUCCAGCUUCCUUUUUUUUUUUUUUUUCCUUUUUAAAUCCAGUCUGUUAGACUGGUACCAGUCAGUCAUUUCUUGCUGGUUGUCUUGUUUGCCGCUUGGUUAGAAAUAUUAUUUUGAAAAGAAAAUCCUUCCUGAAGAAUGGCAGAACUAAUCUUUGUGAUGAAUUAUGUAUCUUAUGGAUGAAUGUUUAGUUAACUAAGUUAUGAAGUUUUUGAUGGUGGGCAGUUUUGUCUGAUGUAUCUUUGAAUUUACAGCUCAAAUCAAAGAAGGCAAACUGAGACAACAUCUGGGAAAGCUGAACAUUCUAGUAGACAGUUCAGAGCAAUAAAAACCCCUACACAUUUGUAUCUACUUAAUGUUUGUAUGCAUUUAUAAAUAUAAGAAAGCUUGACUAUAAGGGAGUUCUACCUAUUUUAGCCUUAAAUUGUCAUAAUAAAUGGAAUGUACUGUAACAUGUAUGGUACUUAAUUUUGAGUGGUGCUUUAAGUUGUUACUGAGCUCCUUGAUACAGAUGUAUGUUUUUUACAUAGAUUUCUGAGGUACUGUGGUUUUUAUAGAUUAUUUGUAUUUUUAUUAUUUGUGUUCUGUCUUAAGUUGUGUUGGGAAAUGAAAUGAGAUUACUCGUGCUGCUCAAAUACCAAGGGUUCAGUUCAAGCAAGGUAUAAUUAAGGAGCUAUUUUGAAAGGGUUUUUUAUACUUUUUUCUGAUUUUACUGAAUUCAUGAUGCUAUAUUUAAUGGAAAAAUGCAGUGAUUAUUUCUAGUAUAAGGCAAUCGGUGAAUUUUUACAACACGUUGCAAAGUGACACAGCUUUAUUUUAGCAAUGCCAUCUGUCUGAGCGUUAUGACUGAUUCUUGCAGUCAGAUACGUGCCGUGCUUAACCUUCUCUGUUAGAUGGAAAAUAAGCUUUUUGCCAGAGAUGGGAACUUUGAGUGGGUGCAGCCAACUUUGCAGUUGUUGGUCAGAGGCCGUAGCCUGCAGUCAGAGCCUCUGACCAUAAUGUAGGUGUUCACCUGUAGCUAACACGACUGUAGUAGGAGUUGCUUUUUCACUAGUGCUUCUGGUUGGUAGGUCAGUCAUACACAGAGCUGCUGGUGAAGUAGUGACUGGUAAGGAGCCUCUUUCUGUGGGAAAAAUAAAGCUCUUUCAUCCCAAAUGAGUCAGACUGAGAAUGUUUAGAAAUGGCCCUUAGGUAGUGAGCCUUUAUCUGUAUGUUUUAAUGUUAGCUGUCCUUUCAAGAUGAAAAUAGGAAAUGUAUGUAAAAAUAUCUUAACUUCUAAUAAGUUGUAAAACUUAAACAAUGCCUAAAGUGUUAUAAAGUAUUGUCUUUGAUGUUUGUAAUUGGAGGAGCAAAUUUUUUUAAGAGAAAAAUGCCAUUGGACAAAUGAGGUGAUAGUCCUGAAUUAGAAAGGGUCACUUGUAUUCUAAAAAUGCUAGUUGACCAUAUCAAGAUUUGAGUUCCCAUGCUCUUUAUUAUUAACCAGUUCUUUCAAGCUUGUAUUUUUUCCUUAUGAAAUUUUCUUAUCAGCAUCUGUGGAGGAUUUCGUGAUCUAAACUCUUAGGGACCUUAUCUAUCACGUUAGGAAAUGGUAUUGUAGGACUGUGCAGGUUUUUUCCUAGGUUACUAGUCUGGUCAUGCUGCAUUUUUCUCAGCACUUUAAGGUUAAGAGGAAGAAGCGUUGGUUGUAAGCCAUUUUUGUGAAGCCCUGCCUAGCCUGUUGCUGCUUCUGGACCAGAUUCAGCUGACUCUUAAACCACCAGCAACACUUGCCUAAUUCAGGGAAUGCAGAUUCAUCCACUUUGCUGUGAUGGAAAGGAUCCUCCCACUCCCAACUGUAGGUCCGCUAAUGCACUGACCUUUCACAGGUGCAUGUAUAAUAAGCAAAAUAAUCCUCUUGUGCCCAUAGAGAGAACUGGGAGCUGUGGUCAUGGCUAGACCUGUGUCCAUUUCUGCUGUUCUUUGUAUUUCUCUCUCAGGAGAGAACACUUAGGGCUGCUGGCAGACAUCAUCUUCCCAGCAUUUCUUACCAGAAGCUGCUGCUUCUCAAGAUGUGCUUAUGUGAGUACAUCCAGAGGCUGUCUCAAAGCAAGGUGAAUUAAUUUUAGGAUGUUCUGUAGCAGAUCUUUUGAUGAUCUGCUACUUUGAGGCAAAGAGAGCGAUGGUGAACCUCUCCCACCAGCACAUCUGUGUUCAGCAGGGAGUGAGUGUCCUGGGCUGAAAUUACCUUCCAGUGGUAACUCCUGGUGUCCAUUUGAUUUCUAGGACAAAAGAAUGUGUAUGAAGACCAACUUCUGCAGUAUAAAUUUUUUUGUCUUCCAAAUAUAAAAAUGAAUUGGAUUUGUUUUGGAAAACAGAUGGUUGAAUUUAGAGUUAUCUAAGACAUCCUAGAGUGGACUGACUUUUAUACUUAGUUUUGGAAGAGGAGUCCUACACUUUUUUUGUCAUAAUAGCCUUAAAUUUCACUAAAAGCAAGCAUCUGUGCUUUUGAAAAGUGCAGCAGACUACAGUUGUGGGAGGAAGGGGAAGGAAUAGGAGAUUUUAAAUAUUCUUUAGAAUUUGUAAAUAUAGAUCUCAAUCAAGCUUAAGCUAUAUUCUCACUGAUUCUGUAGUCCAGGUGUAUUGUGAUACCUGUUUUGCUACUGAAUCAUUUCCUCACCCCAGCCACCUGCCCUGAUCAUGUCAAAACAGAAGUUGCUCCCUUUUGCCUUAGUUGCACUUAUCCCAUCGUCUUCCUCCAGUUGCUGUGUUGCUCUGGCUGUGUUUACACACCUUGGACUUGCCAUCUGGGCAAAAUGUACCACAAGGUUUGUCUUUUAUGAAAAUGUGAAUUGAAUUACACACUCCCUUGGCCCGUUUCCUUCCCCAAAUCCCAUGGGCUAGUGUGAGAUGAACCAAACCCAACAUUCAGGGAGCUGUGGAGUCUCGAGCCAUGGGGCGGGUUGCUCUCUGGAAACAGCAUAAAAUUAGGGGAAUCCUCUAUGACCAAGUCCUCUAAUGUCGCUGUAAACCUGGAGCAGCACUUCUUGACUUUUAAUGGACACUCGUGGUUUGGAGUGGAGUACUUGACACCAUGGAACUUGGCACUAGAUUUUUUUUGUUAACUUACUUUAUUGUACUAUCUACUAUUAUAAAUGAAAAGGUGAAAAUAAAAUAAGGAAAGUUCUCUGC